AUGGAUCUACCGCACGAGAAAGGCAUCAUGCUUACAGAGCCACCCGUCUGCGACCGCUGCAUAGACUCGCCCGACUCCAUUGCCAAACUUGAACAGCAUGCCUUGGUCUUGAGGGAAGACCCCGAGGCAUCGCAAAAGGCAGCUGCAAAUGAGAGGCUUUGUAAGAUCCGACAGCCAGCUGUGGAGAUAGGUAAUAGGCGCAAUACAAUUCCAACCCGGAUCGAAGAAAAGCAGAGCCCGAUCUCGCAACUUCCUUUUCAUAAAGGUCAACCGUCCCGUCCCCUCCCGGCAUGGAUGUCACUUCUUCCAUCUAACGUGAACCCUCACGUCAAACCUCCCAGCCGCUCCAUCCUCUCACGGCGAAUGUCCUUUCCAUCAUACUCCUCGUUUAGCAAACCAAUACCUUAUAUGACUCUUCUUGAACCGCCAAUAUCGCAUGACGAUUACACGUCAAGCCACCCCCCUACACCACCGAAUGUCUCACUUGACGGAGACAUCACACCUAGAGCUUCGGCGCAGCGAGAGAGGCACAACAGCUCAAACAAUGUCUACACCUCUUCACUACCUUCCCAAUCGCCCAUCGCAUCUUCCAUAACCUUCACGAUUCCCUACGGCCUUCACCACCAUGCCACUUCAUCCGAAGUACGUGUACCGACACUUUACUUCCCAACCACCAUACCAAUCAAGUCUUCCAACCCAGAACCUCCCUUCAGCAGCGGACAGCCCCGACAAAAAUGUUUGAACGAUGUCCAAGAGUCGAAAACACUGCCACAAACUCAAAGUACGCUACCUCAGUCGACAAAUAGCCCACCUUUCAUGGAAGAGCUCUCAUCCUUCCUCACGAGCAGAAGUGCCGAGACGAAACUGAUUCUUCCAAGUCGAGCUUUGCAAAAGACGAGGUGGAAGAUAGGUUUGCCGAAAGUUGGCGUUGAGCUUGGGAAGGAAAGAGGACGGGACGGUCAGGAGGAGGAAGGUUGUUACGCUGUGGGUUGUGGUGGGGAGUGUGCAUUAACGAGGCUUCAAAUGACAAUAGGUGGUGAAGAGAAGGAUGCAGAGUCGAGCAGAAAGGCCACUGAGGCUUAG